AUGCCAGGCAAAGUCGGUAGCCGUGAAGAGUGGCUUGCCGCUCGCAAAGCUCUUCUCGAGAAAGAAAAGGCAUACACGCACCAAGGCGACGUUCUCGCCGCCGAGCGCCGUGAGCUGCCCAUGGUGAAAAUAGACAAAGAGUAUGUCUUCCACGGCCCCGGCGACAAGGUAGUAUCUCUCAGCGAUCUCUUUGAUGGCCAAGAACAACUCAUCGUCUACCACUUCAUGUUCAACCCCAAGGAUGAUCGUGGAUGCUCUGGCUGCACUCACAUGGGCGAAUCGCUCCCCGACGUGCGCCAUCUCAAGUCCAAAGACACCAACCUCGUUGCCAUCUCCCGCGCCCCGAUAGACAAGAUUGAGGCAUACAAGAACCUCGCUGGAUGGAAAUUCCCAUGGUACUCCAGCGGCGAUUCCGACUUCAACUAUGACUUCCAAGCCACUUUGGAUGAAGCAAUAGCUCCCAAAGAGUACAACUUUGAACCACUCAAAGAGUCUGACCCCAGGUUUAAGCCAUCGUUCAAGGGUGACAUUCCCGGAUUCAGCGUCUUUUUGAAGAAGGACGGCAAUGUGUACCACACGUAUUCGACCUUUAUGAGAGGAGGAGAAAAAGUUCAGCCAACGCUGACUCUGCUGGACAUGACGCCUUUGGGCAGACGACUAGUUUCGCCGGGUGACUUUAAGCUGCGAGAAGAGUAUGGAACCUAG